AGUUUACCAUUUUUCUAUUUUAUAUAUAUAUUUAUAUUUAUAGAUCCAUCUCCGAGUGCCUGUCUGUUGAACACCUCACCCCCCGACUCCCCAAGUCUCGCGGGAUAUAAAGGAAAUAAAAGGCUGAAUCUAGCAGCGAAGGAGGAAACGACAAAAGAAAAGACACAUAGAGACAAACAGGAGCCGCCUAUAUGAAGAUGCUGAUGUGUGACCGCGGCGUCCAGAUGCUCGUGACGACGGUGGGCGCGUUCGCCGCCUUCAGCCUCAUGACCAUCGCCGUCGGUACCGACUACUGGCUGUACUCGCGCGGGGUCUGUCGCGUGAAGAGCAGCGGCGACAACGACACGAGCCGCAAGAACGAGGAGGUGAUGACGCACUCCGGCCUGUGGCGAACCUGCUGUCUGGAAGGAACAUUCAGAGGAGUGUGUAAGAAGAUUGAUCACUUCCCAGAAGAUGCUGACUAUGAAGCAGAUGCUGCUGAAUACCUCCUCCGUGCUGUGCGUGCCUCCAGUAUCUUCCCCAUCAUGAGUGUGGGUCUGCUGUUCCUGGGGGGGCUCUGUGUGGCCGCCAGUGAGUUUUACCGGAGCCGACACAACGUCAUCCUCAGUGCAGGAAUCUUCUUCGUCUCCGCAGGCCUCAGUAACAUCAUUGGAAUUAUAGUCUACAUCUCCGCCAACUCGGGCGACCCGGGUCAGAGCGACAGCAAGAAGUCCUACUCCUACGGCUGGUCUUUCUACUUUGGCGCCCUCUCCUUCAUCAUGGCAGAAAUGGUGGGCGUGCUGGCCGUGCACAUGUUCAUCGAGAAGCACCGCAAGCAACGAGCCAAGUCCCGCACCGAGCUCAUCAAGAAGUCCGCCUUCAGCCGCAUCCCCUCCUACCGCUACCGCUUCCGGCGCCGCUCCAGCGUGCGUUCGUCCGAGGCCCCCAGCCGCGACGCCUCACCCCUGGGGAAAGGUGGCUACACGGGGCCCGCCGCCUCCGAGAUGCCCAUGUACACGCUGAACCCGCGCGAGCCGGGCAACACCGGCACCAAACCGGGCGGCGGCAUGGGCGGGCUGCUCAACUCGGAGAGGGAGUUCCUCCAGAGCAGCACGCUCACUAAAGACUACAACAAGGACCCCAACCGCAGGACCACGCCCGUCUGAGAGGUGCUGGCUGCAGAUAUCACCCAAUCAGAGUAUCAAAGUGGAGGAUGAGGAGAAAUACACGGGGGGCGCGAGCAAAAGCAGGGGCCACGCAGGGUUUACGGGGUGGGAAGGGGGUUUGAUAAACUUCGACUGUGAACUGUGAACUUUUAGCCUUUGAACUGUGAAUCCUGAGCCCUGUGAGAGAUUCAGUGUGUGUAGCAGGGGGAGUUUCGAAAAGGAGAAGUUGUUCCCAGCUCCACUUUACCACAUAUCACUGUAGUUGUACCUGUGACUCCUUACACGUGAAGGCACAUUCAAUUUAUGCUCAUGACCUUUUGUGUUCAUAAAUUGGCUUUUAAAGGGGGAAACAGGAUUGAACUCGACAAAAAAACGUUUUUUGAAAGCAUAUCGUAAGUGGUUUACAGUCCCGGGGCAACUUCUCCUACAAAUGAGAAUAAUGUGAAGUAAAGGAGAAGAGGGAGGAGGUGAGAGACCCUGUGUGAUCUUUGACCCUCUGACCUCUGACCUCCGGACCCUUUGGAUAGCAGCAGAGCCGGAUCAGUGCAGGGAACAGGCCUUAAGGCACUGAGCUGUCUCUCUCAUUAAGAUGCUAUUUAAAAAGUGAGGACGUUAACACCUCAGGAAAGGGGAUUUGGUUCAUUUUCAGUUCAGCCGGAUUCGAAACAUAAAAGUGAAGAUGCAGUUUGUCCAUUUUACGGCAGCACAUUUGUGGCACUAGUUAUUAUUUCUACUCAUAUUGUAUAUAUACUCCUUUCAUAUUGAUUUUUAUUUAAUCAUGGAGACGCUCACUUCGAAAAAACGGAACUGAAACUGAAUUAAGCUCCUUCCUGGUAACAUUUGCCCCCAUCGCUCUGAUCCCAGGUCAGUAGUUAAACCUGCAUACUGAUUUUCUUCUUUUUGAGUACAUACUGACUGCAGAUUAGCCGUCACCGGGGGAAACGGUGUAACUCAACAGAAUUAAUGAAUCUCUUUUAGAUGGUAAUGUUAGAUCAUUGGUGCUUCCUUUUACUCCUGUUUUUCGGGCACACAAGUCUUCUCUUGAUUUACUUAUUUAUUUUUCACCUGAAGCUUAAAGAGAUGAUCAAAUACGUGUCUGUCUGUCUGUCUGCCUUCACUUAUCACCUUUCACCCCUCCACAUUUUUCUGUGUAGCCCCAUCAGUCACCUCACUGCCACCCUCCGCACACCUCCGCACCUCCUCUCACCCUUCUCCGUCCUCUGAGGGACACACGCCACUAGAUUUAGCCCCCGUCUUCCGUCUGUGUCGCUCGUAGACUAGUUUUUCCUGAGGUUGUUGGUUCAGGGUGCUGUGGAGGGGAGACCACUGAGCUGUGAAUAUGCUUUAAAGGCAGAGCCAAAAAAAAAUCCCCAACACAUUUAACAGACAAAGAGAUUUUUCUUCUUUUUUUUUUUUUUUUAUUGCUUGCCCACUACCUCUUAGUGAAUAUCGAUCAGAUUCAUUAAAUAUAAACUUGUCUUUUCUUGCUGGAAAAACAAUUGUUAAAGAAAUUUCAGCUGCAGAAAUAAACACUGAGAAAUUCUAAAAAAGUGCACAUCUCUCUUCUCCGGUGGAGGAUUGGUGCAAAGUGAGAUUGCUUGUGGCAAAACAACAUAAAGAAAGAUGGAGCUGCAUUACGAGGAUGAUGUGUAGCUCAUUCAUUCAGCUGUCACUCACAGCCUCUCCUCCUCUUUAUCUCCCUCAUACGUUCACACACACACACACACACACCUAAACAUGUCUUUCACGGGUAUCUUAGCGAUGACAUGCACAGGCUGUCAUUGCUCUGUCAUAUUUCAAAAAAACCUACUAUACCAGAUUGUGGAGAGACAUCAAUGCAUUUUCCAUUUAUAACAUACACACAUAAACAUACUCCAUGGAUGGGAUAGGAAAAAACAGACAUACUACUACAGACUAAAAGCAUUUCAGGAUUUGAUUUUCUGUUUUAAAACUAGAUCAGAAACAUGAGAUGAUUUACGGUGAGGAAGGUGUUUGUGUGCGGACUCUACUGCCCGUGUGAUCACGGCCCUGCAGAGCAGAGGAUGAAGCAAGGAGCUGGUUUACGAUUUGGCGGCGUAUGAAUCCAUACGCUUAUCUAAUGAAUUCGACAGUGAGAGAUAAGAGGAGAGACGAGAGGCGCACACAAACCUCCAGUUUACGCAGUGGUGUAUUAAAGAACUUAAAUGUGUUUGUUGGUGGAGAAAUUAGGCGACUCUAAAAAUACACAAAUCUGAAUGACCAGGUUUGUUAAAUACUGAAUCUGUACUGUUUUGACUGGCAACUGAUCACUUAACUCGUAUAUGUAUGAUUAUACUUCAUACUGUAUAAGUAGCUUAUGUGCACAGCCACUUCCUCACUGGUAAUCUACCACUACCUCUAAUAGUCCAAUAUAACUGUUGACAAAUUGUUGAUACAGAAAUCUCUAACCCAGCUUGUUGCAACACAUAGAAAACUCCCUAAAAACCACAGGUUACUUUGCAACACUGCAACAGAUAGUGUCUGGUUUCAGGUGAAUUAAUCACACACACACACGUGUUUUUGUGGACAAGAGAGAAGGAGCCAAAAUAGCCAUAAAACAAAAAGCAAGAAAACAUGUUGCAGGAAGACGGCACGAAUAUCAAGUAAAAGCAUUUUUUCUCAAACUUGUUUUCUGGGUGUAGAGGAGAAAAUGCAUUUUUUUUUUGUUUCCACCAUUGCACUAUUUUGUACAAACUAAACACGGAACAACGCCGAGCUGGUACGGCCACACAGUCGGGCUAUCACCCUGAUACCGAAAGAUGUUUCCAACCUCAGUCACACUGUUUAAUUUAUGACGCUGCUGUUUUAUCUCCUGUCUUUUGCGCCAUAAAGGGAGCUUAAAGGGACAAACGUGCAUCGAGAUGGACUUGCACUCGCUGUCCUUCGCGUGUAAAUAUUAAUUUUGCAAGCUAACUACAACAUCAGCAGUUGUCAUGGGCUGUGAAAGGGGGGAAAAAAAAUGCUUUUCUCCGAGCAAGGGCUUUUAAUUUUUAAAGGACAGGAGCACACAAGGGCUUUUUAUGCUCAGCACUGCAGAGAUGACGUGUUAAGGGUGUUAUAUCGGAUCGCGGGAAGGGAUGGCAAAGUACAUUUGCACAGGAACAACUGUUUUUAAAACAGCUGAAUAGCUAACCGGCGACGAAACAUGCUUCACGCAAAAGGGGAAGUGGGGUAGAUAGAAAGCGACAACUGUACUCGUCUGCUCAUUAGGCCGUGUUAGCAACAGGUUGGCCUUUAGUUCUUUUGGGCUGCCUUUAGGUUACACGGGCAACUUUGUGAAUAAUUAGAAAUGAAGACUAUUGCCUUAAGCAGAGGUAGGAUAACAUUUUUAAUAUGAAUUAUUUGAGUUAGCUCAAGGAUUAAACGUAUAUUAGCAACAUACCGCUUACCGCACUUGAUGCCAAAUAUUACUCAAAGUGUUUCCUGUGUAUCAUGGCCUCCAGGUUAGCUUAUAGAUCUAUAGGUUUCGCUGCUCUACAGACUUUUUUGCGGGCAUUGGAUUUCCAGCCGCGCACUGACUCAGCAGUAGUAGUUAUGUAGCUCCGCACAUCAAGGUCCCCUCGGAUCCUGAGGGUCUGCCGGGGGUCAAAGUUCAGAACUGCCAUCCAUGAGCCAUGUCAGCAUUGACCUUUCAAACCAUGCAUGCCAUAUCCAUCCGCCUCCAGUGCUUACAUUUGCUGUAUCUCUAAUCGAGUCUCAAAUGGCACCCUAAUCUCUAUUCUCUGUAGGGACACUCGACUGCUACAUUUAAGACGCCUUACAAGGGAGCGUGGGCCCGAGAGCCUGUGCUGUUUUUAACGAUGUUUACUCCAAUAGAGCACAGGGUGCUUUUUGAGACGAGACCUCUGUCUAUCUCUUAUUACUACCAUACGUACAGCUUUGAUACUCUGAUAUCAACAACAAAUAAUUGUAUUAUUAGUAAAAAAAAAAAAGAUUAUUCUAUUCUAAAGGUGCCACUGUGCAGAGGAUGAAAAGACUCUGUCACAUAUUAUAGUAAUUAAUGUAUUAAAGGGUGAGGGGUGAUCGAUGGGAGCAGAGUCGGGGAGCAGGGGUCAUAGUCUUUGUAAUAUUAUAUUAUUCUAGAUUCAUUUUCUACUUUGAUGUGGUUUUUGAGAUUGUGUUGUUCUGAUCACAUCUGAAGCCUCUGACAGGACGGACAGAGGAGACGGUGGAGCGCUUGGACGAUCUCUCAUAGACGUGAACCUCACCAACUCAAUGCACACACACACACACACACACACAUUCAGAGUAAGGUUGCUAUACUACUGAGGACGUAUUGGCCAUAUAAAUUGAGCCAUGACCUUGACUCAAGGCAUUACAGGCAAAAGUGCACCUGUUUUCAGAAGUGAAGUUGGAUGCACGUAGUAAAUUAGAUUUUUAACUUUCAACUCUGGCUCUGCAGCAACUGUGUGAGAGAUUAACGACAAAAUUCUUUACAUGUCAGAAAUUCAUCCACCAGCCAGGAGCAGCUGAUGGCUCUAAGCUAGAUCUGUGCACGGCACGACAAGCGAAGCACGACAAAGCAAAUUCAAUCUGAAAUAAGAGUAAAAAAACUGGCUGAAAUUGUCCAACACUUUCUACAAAAAAUAACACUUUACGCUUUGAGGAAGUCGUGUUUUUUGCAGAACUUGGACCAGGAUGUCCUGAUAUGUUUUUAAAUUAUAGUAAUGUAGCCCUAGCAGGUACAUACCAACUGUGUUUCUAUAUAUUUUAUAUUCAUUCUUAUAUUUUUAGCUUUUAUUGACAGGACAGUGAGCGUGAAACACGGAGAGAAUGAGGGAAAACAGGCGUCAAAGGGCCGAGUUGGUACUGAACCUGAGGCAGCUGCACUUUAAGAAACCCGACGCAAAGGCCAUUAAAUACACAUUGUGAUACAACACAGUUGUUGCUUAAUAUAAAACCAAAAAUGUACAGAAUCAAUUUGAUGCCAAACCCGAAACAGUCCCUGAAAGAAGCCAAAAAAAUAUUAUUUACGAUGAAUUUCUCCAGCAGAUCAUGUGGCAUUUUGUUCCUCAUUAGUAUAGAGACACAAGAACACAACACACAGCAGCACACACUCGUGAACGGUCACAGAAACACACACUCAUACAAGGCACACGCAGCUUAAUGGAGAGAAGUUCGUCGAAAAGGAGAAAAAAAACACUGUGUCUUGCUUUGGAAAAAUGGAAAAAUCAUUACGACAAAAAGACGACAAACUGUUGCUGAUGUUUCGCUCCUCAAGGGAACCUCGAGCACACUGAGCCUGCUGAUCCAACGCCGAGGACCAGGAGAACUGGUUGAGAAAUGUGAAUUUUCACGGAAGAGUUGUGAGACAAACACACGCUAUAAGUACUCUACACUUUGCACUUGCUACCAACACGCAAACACACGUACACACACGACACACACAAGGUUACUGUGUGAGGAGGGCUUCUGGGUGGAGUCAUGUGCCUGCAUGUUUGUGUGUGUUUAUAUUCUCAUGUGUGUGUUUGUGUGUGUGUGCAUGCGUGCAGUUUUAGCCUCUCCUCACCCGUGCACCCAGUGCCUGCCUGUCCUGCCUUCAGACAGCACACAGAUCAGCCAUGGGGCUUCCGGUAUAACCUCCUCUGCAUUCCCACGACCUCUAACGGUUGCACUGGGAUCAGUUUUAGAGCUAACGGCCCCGAUCGUUCCUCAGCAGACGCAGCCAUACAAGCUACACGGACUGUUGUGGAGUGUUGUGGUAGAGUCUCUCUAUUUUGCUUUGGGACUGUUUGCCCUUUGUUUUAUCCCACUGGCUGUUUUUUCCUGACCUUGUUGUCUCUGUCUGUGUUUCUAGUUUAGGAUCGGCAGAGGGGGCCUCGCAGAAUAGAUUUUAAAAAAUCUAUGGCGUCCCUAAUGACAGCUGAUCUUGAAUCAGUGCAAACCUGCUGUGGCCCAGUGUUCCUCAUAUCCUCAAACUUUAAAAAAAAAAGCCAAAAAAAGGGAAAAUCGAGUUCUAUCCGAACGCCUUGCUUUUAAAACGAUGAGCUAUUGGAGGAUGUGUCUGGAGAAGGUUUUCACGUGGCAGCAUUUCCUCGUUCAGGUGACGCGAGAGGUCGUCCCCACUACUGCCAGUUAAAUGAAAACUUCUAUUGUAAAUGUGGGACAGAAUAAAGUGAGACUCUGGGCAGGUAAUAAUCUUAAUGAAUUCAAGAUGUAUUCUGGCCGUGAUGCCUAUUAAGCCUGUUUUCCACACCUCGUUCCUCUUCCUUAACAAUUUUUGUGUGAUGACCUUUAGCCCUUUAGCUGGAGUGGUUUCAUACCUGUCUUUAAAUUUACACAUAUUAUUUUGACAGGGAGUACGAAGUGAUUAAAAUCUGCUUUUUAUGGUUUCGCCUCCGGCCCCCUCGUCCACACGGCGCUGUUUACAUGCAGAACAUUUCCGAGGCUGACACGCUCGACCGACCGAGGAUGAAAGGCCCAAAAUUUGCAGGAUGUUUUAACCAGGUUCGCUCUGCAUCAGGUGUAUUGAGGCGUCCUCCUGCAUAAAUUACCCAUGAGCAGUAGCACCAGGACACGUUGAAAGGAUUUUUCCCCCUGAAUAAGUGAAAUCAUCAGAAUAAUAUGUUGAUUCUCUCAAGAGGGGUUCACGUGUUAAAGCCUUAAUUAGGCCUGUGCUGAGCCACGAGUGCACAGACUGUAGGGGCGAUGCCAACAUGGCCAAUGAAUGACUGAGUGUCAGCUGGUCAAUCGUUGGAUGAAUUGUUUUGAUAUUUGUUUCAAACAUUCACUGCGUCUCAAUUCGUUUUCUUACACACGCGCUGUUUGCAGAGCGGCACGCUUUGACACUUCCAACGCUCAACGGCCAGAAGACGCCAAAAACAUUUUCAAAAUAAAUCCCAAAAAACUGCUGAAUGCACGACCCCCACGCCGAAACAAUUGCACCUUUGCGGUAGUAGAUUGUUUCAUCUGGAGCGACAGUCUGAUUGUUUUUUGGGGUUUGGAGGAGGUAAAAAUCACAGACACGAAGCCGCUCCAGUUGAUUCUAGCUCCAACCGUGAACUUUGACAUCCAAUCAGUUUCAAUUUGGCCCAGACUGUGUUCAGACACACGUGGGUGCUUGGUAUUUUGUAUUUUAGCUGAUGACAAUCGCCGUCAAAUGUUGCGUUCGUCAUUUACAGUGAGUGCACAGUGACCGUGUUCGAUUUGAGAUGACACUACACUGUCGGAAUCCACACGUUACGCCACAUGUACGUAUUCUAACAGAGGAAUUGAGACCCAGUCAUUGUUAGACAUGCUGAUGUUAGUAGUUAGCUCAACUUACUGUGGAGCGGCUGCAGCCUCACAGAGCCGCUAGUCGAAUACAUGCAACAAAUUUAAGUGAUAAAUGACAGGAACCAGACUUUCCCCAGUUCAAAUUAAACCUGAGAACUUUUAGAAAUCAGAUGCCAGAGCACAAACUCAGGAGAAGAUACAUGAUCAUGGAUCAGUCAGUUGGAUUCUUGAUUCAGAUUUGGAUUUAUUUUAGUGAAGGAUCCAGAAAUAUUCUAUUCUUGUUUGUUUUUAACAUGUGUGGCAAACAGCCUCGCAAACCAUGUUUCUUUUUUCAGGGCGGGUAUCGUGCAGGCGUCGUAGCAGUUUGCUCUGAGGCUUUUCAGGCGGAGACGAGGAGAAUAAACAGCGACCAGACGUUACUCUGUGUCCUGAAGGGUCAUCGUCAGUGUUAAAUUCCUGCAGUGAAAAAAGCGGAAAAAAGACAGAAGUGCAGCUAGAACCUGAAGUCGCAUGAACGAACGAAAUCCCCCCGAAAAAUGAGAGUUUUAAUUUGACACAGCACAUGAAGGCGUUUCGUCAGGUGUUUGUGUUUAAAGGUUGUAGAUGAUGCAGCUUUUUAUUCUGCUCCACACCUCUGAGCCCCCAUCAUGAGACACCAUGAGACCCCUACAAACACGCACACACAUGCAUGCAGAAACAUGCUGGCACUCACAUUGGACUUUCUAUACACAGGCACACUGACUGUGUAACACACACAUACACACACACACACGCAUACACAAACACACACACACACAGACACACACACACAUAGCUGCCAGCCAGUUUCACUGUAUACUUUAUAAUGUAAACCUCCAACUUGCAGCGGUCUGACACAGACACAGGCUGUGAAUAAAAGCACACUUUUACUUACAUGAUAUAAAUAUGAUUACCUAUAUCUAGAGAGAAAGAAUAUUAUAUACAGUAUAACUAUUAGAAAAUAAAGAGUCACCUUUUCAAA